GGUGAUCACCUCAGUAGGCAAUAGCGGGAUGCUGGGAGUAUAUAUGGGACACGGGUGCCCAUCAAUCGGCACUCUCUCAGUCGCUCCGACUCGGGAACCAGGUCAUCAGCGGAGAUAGCAGGCAAUACUUCGCCUCACUAGGCUAACUCGCUUUGGGCUUUGGUUAAGGAUGGAAACCUUCUCGAUUUCUCGGGGCCGACGAUGCUCCUCCAUCGUGCGCAACUGCAAAAUCAGCAUCUCCCUGUGUCUGGUGGUUUGGAUGGUCCUUGGCAAGCCAAGUCUGGCAUCGGGGUGCCCGCACCUGUGUGUGUGUUACCCGACUCCCAUGACUGUCAGCUGCCAAGCACAGAACUUCACCGCCGUCCCGGUCGGAGUGCCAUAUGAGUCGCAGCGCGUUUUCCUCCAGAACAACAGGAUCGCGGAGCUCAGAGUUGGCUCUUUUGGCUUUGGGACUCAGGUUCUGUGGCUUUUUUCCAACAACAUUACGUGGAUUGAAGCAGGGGCUUUCAGUGAGCUGAGGGACUUGGAGGAGUUGGACCUAGGGGACAACCCUAAUCUUCACCGGCUGGAAGGAGGAGCCUUCCGUGGCCUAGAGAAGCUCCAGAGCCUCCAUAUGCACCGCUGCAAACUCACAGCCCUGCCUCACGACAUCUUCCGCAAGCUUUACAGCCUGCACUAUCUCUACUUACAGGAAAACAAUCUACACUUCCUACAGGAUGACAUCUUUUCCGACCUCAUCAACCUGAGUCAGCUUUUCCUGCACGGAAACCGUAUACGCACGAUCUCAGAUAAUGUAUUCCGUGGCUUGGUGAACCUUGACCGCUUGCUCCUUCACGACAAUCGCAUCAGGCAGGUGAACCGCCGGGCCUUUCGCGACCUUGGUCGUCUGACCAUGCUAUUCCUCUUCAACAAUUCUCUGCCCGAGCUGCCCAGUCAGACUCUGAGGGACACUCAGGGCAUAGAGUUCCUCCGCCUCAAUGCCAACCCCUGGUCGUGCGGCUGCGAAGCCCGCGCCCUGUGGGAGUGGUUCCGUGAGGCCCGCGUCUCUUCAUCUGAGGUGAUCUGCGCGUCUCCUUCCAUUCGUCGCGGUCAAGACCUUCGCUUUCUUCGAGAAAUGGACUUUGCCCUCUGCCCCUUGCCUGAUCCAGGCUCCAUCGCCGGGUCCACCACCACCACCUUCAGUACCAAAACCAGAUGGUGGUUCCACAAAAACAAGCCUCAGUCCUCAACCAAAGGUCUCUUUGAGAAAUCUUCAGAGACCGUCAAAGCCGGCUUGUAUGGGAAAGGCCCAUCUACAACCACAUCACUGGUCAAGUAUGAGCUGGGGGAGGAAGAACUGGCACUGCCUAAACUUGACCAGGAAGAGUACUGGGCAAACUAUGGCAACGAGGACUCUGGGGUCACGAUGCGAUGCUUUGAGCUCGAAUGCCCUCCUGAGUUUGACCUGCCUCCAUUUUCCUCCUCGACCUCACUAUCCUUGCCCUCUUCCCUCUCGGCACUAGCCGUCUCCGUGUUCACACUCAAUCUCCACUUGCUAUUUGGCUGAAUCCAACUUCAAGUGCCCCGCCCCGUACCUUCCAGCCUGUUUUAAAGGCUGCGAGGAUCCGUCUUUAAGACUCUCUAUAUCCCCUAUGGCAGCUCUGUUGUAUGCUAAUCCUCAAGGCACAGCGACCGAGAUAGGGAGAUUGUACCACCUUACAGGGCUAACCACUUUUCAGGGCUGCGAGGAGGUCUUGAGAUACAGAAGACUACAGGCAAGGCAUCGUGCUUGAAGCCUGAAUGAUGUCAUGAUUUUCUUGAAAUCAGGGCUGUGAGGGCUAAGUCCAUCAUUAACUUCAGCAAGAUUUGAAAGCAGUUGUCAAUGAUGUCAUUCUUUUCCUCAACUCGACUGAGUCAAAACUAAUAGUGCUAUUAUUGCACGCAGGUAACUGACUUGUACUAAUUACUGUUAGAACACAGUGCGUAGUAACAACAAACAGUAUUGUAACCACUUACAGUGUCAUGUAAAUACCGAUGUACCGUAUGCUUGUUGUGGGUGCUCAAAUUGGUGUCGUCCAGCUCGUCAUGAUCCAGGGAAACCGAAGGCCACCAGGCAGUGAGGAGACAAGAGAUGAGACAAACAUAGAAUCAGAAAGGAGAGAAAGUGAGAGCGAGAGAAGUGAACGAGAGAGAGAAAGCGAGAGUGAGAGGGUUGUUGGGUUGACAGCUCCCUCGCAGAAAGAGGAGAAGACAGCAUUGUACCACAUAUUGGCAGCCACAUGGUGGUGGUGGUGGGGAGGAGGAGGGGGGGAGGGGAAUCCACUCUUUAGCAGCUACACUUAUUUGUAUCUCAAUGUUUUUGCAUUUUAUUGCCAUUUGAAUAUUUUCUGUAAACAUGGUGUCGUUUUCGACAAACACGGGGAAAGAAUUCUUCCUUUCGGGAAGCCUGAGAUUGGAUGUUGGAUGUCUUUCUGUGACAUAUUGAUACUCUGUAAAAAGGCUUGACUGGAUGCAGAUGAACAUCUUUAUAAAGAGAGAAAGUGCAUAUUU